CUCUCUCUCUCUCUCUCUCUCUCUCUCUCUCUCUCUCUCUCUCUCUCUCUCUAUAUAUAUAUAUAUAUAUAUUUCUAGAUACAAGGACAUGAUGCACCCCAUGCUGCAUGCCACCUUAAUAUAUAACGUCCCUGAAGCAGCUACGUACUACCAUCGUAUUUUAUUUUCCUUUAUACAUGAGGUGAUCUAGCUAGCGCUGCAUGCCUUUCUUUAGAUCCUAAUCCCUUUUCUUGCACCGCAUGCAUUUCCUAUCUGGCUAGGAAAAUUUAUUACGAGCACCAGCUGGGAUAUCAAUGGCUCAAGCGUUGCUCCACGGGACACUUCUGACAACCAUUUACGAAGUUGAUAGGAUAAACUAUGGCCUUGGCUGCAACGUCCUCCGAAAGUCCGGGAAAAGGUGUAUGGCCCAACUCAAGAGACUAGUGCUAGGCGGCAGGCUGAUUGCUGGAUCCGCACUCUAUGCAACAGUUGAUUUAGAAAAGGCAAGGGUUGGGCGGACCAGAAUGGUAGAAAAUCAAGCCUCUCACCCCAAGUGGUUCGAGUCCUUCAACAUAUACUGUGCCCAUCGUAUCUCGUAUAUCAUAUUCACUGUCAAAGAAAAUAACCCUAUUGGGGCAACAUUAAUUGGUAGGGCUUAUGUGCCAGUUGGGGAUGUCAUGAGGGGAUUUAUGGUUGAUAGAUGGGUUGAAAUACUAGAUGAAGACCACAACCCUAUACAUUCUAGAAUCCACGUCAGGCUUCAAUUUUUAAAUGUUGCCCAAGAUUGGUCUCCGCAAAUCUUAACUCCCGACUUUGAGGGAGUGCCUCACACAUUCUUCAGGCAAAGACAAGGUUGCAAAGUUACUUUAUACCAAGAUGCCCAUGUCUUAGACGUUAUGCCUAAGCUUUUGGCAUCCAUAGGAGAUCGUUUUAAGCCUCGAGGAUGUUGGGAGGACAUCUUUGACGCAUUCACCAAUGCAAGACACCUAAUUUACAUAGCUGGAUGGUCUGUGUAUACUGGGAUAACCUUGAUAAGGUAUCCUAGGGAGCCAAGGCAAGACAGCAACCUCACAUUAGGGGAUCUUCUUAAGAAGAAGGCUGAUGAAGGUGUCAUGGUUCUCAUGCUUGUCUGGGAUGACAGAACUUCUGUUGAGGAAGUAAAGAAGGAUGGUUUGAUGGCGACUCACGACCAAGAAAUUGAAGAAUACUUUCGAAACACGAAGGUGCACUGCUUUUUGUGCCCUCGUAAUCCUGACAAUCGAAGAAGUAUAGUUCAAGGUUUUGAAAUUUCUACCAUGUUUACUCACCAUCAGAAGGCAAUAGUUGUUGAUAGGGAUGUGCCUGAUGGAGGAUCACAAAAGCGGAGGAUUGUGAGUUUCAUCGGAGGUAUUGAUCUCUGUGACGGGAGAUAUGAUACAGCAGAACAUCCUUUAUUCAAAACUUUGAAGACAAUUCACCAUGAUGACUUUCAUCAACCAAAUUUUGCAAAUGCUUCAAUCAAGAAAGGUGGUCCAAGGGAGCCUUGGCAUGACAUUCAUUGCCAACUAGAGGGGCCUGUUGCUUGGGAUGUCUUGUACAAUUUUGAGCAAAGAUGGAAAAAGCAGGUUGGGGACAAGUUCCUAAUUAAACCAAACCAACUUGAUGAAAUCUUAAUCCAUCCAUCAGUACCAGUUACCUCACCAAAUGAUAAUGAAACAUGGAAUGUUCAAAUCUUUCGAUCCAUUGAUGGUGGGGACGUUUUCGGUUUUCCUGAAAAACCUGAUGAUGCAUAUGAAGUAGGGCUUGUUAGUGGGAAAGAUAACAUCAUUGAUCGAAGCAUUCAAGAUGCAUAUAUCAAUGCCAUUCGGCGAGCCAAAAACUUCAUCUACAUUGAGAACCAGUAUUUUUUAGGAAGCUCGUUCGGCUGGAGCCCUGCAAAUAACAUCAAGGUGGAGGACAUUGGUGCCUUGCACCUAAUUCCAAAGGAGCUCUCACUAAAGAUUGUUAGUAAGAUUGAAGCAAGGCAGAGAUUUGCUGUCUAUAUUGUGAUCCCAAUGUGGCCAGAAGGUAUACCUGAGAGUGCUUCUGUUCAAGCAAUAUUGGAUUGGCAGAGAAGGACUAUGGAAAUGAUGUAUUCUGACAUCACUAAAGCCCUGGAAAAAAAGGGACUUGAUGAAGACCCUCGGAAGUAUCUAAAUUUCUAUUGCCUUGGGAAUCGGGAGACAGUGAAAGCGGAUGAGUAUAUACCUCCAGAGAGACCAGAACCUAACACAGAUUAUAGUAGAGCUCAAGAGGCUCGUCGCUUCAUGAUAUAUGUCCAUGCAAAAAUGAUGAUAGUUGAUGAUGAAUACAUAAUCAUUGGAUCUGCCAACAUCAACCAGAGGUCAAUGGAUGGAGGAAGAGACUCUGAGAUUGCAAUGGGGGCAUUCCAACCACAUCAUUUAGCCUCCACAGACCCAGCUGGGGGGCAAAUCCACGAAUUCAGGAAUGCAUUGUGGAUUGAGCACCUUGGAGGAUUUCAAGAGGAGUCCUUUCGACAUCCAGAAAGCGAGUCAUGUAUCACGCUGGUGAAUGAUCUUGCUCAGAAAUAUUGGAAUUUAUACGUGAAAGAGACAUUCGAUGAUUAUAUGGAAGGUCACUUGCUACCAUACCCCAUCCAACUUUCUAUUAAUGAUAUGGGAGAGACUAAAAUACUGCCCUUGCCUGGGUUCGAACUCUUCCCUGACACCAAUGCUAGUGUGAUGGGUGCUCAAUCUGAUUACCUUCCUCCAAUCCUCACCACUUAAUUAUUGGCAUGCAUAAAUGCCCAUCAAAGUACGUAGCGGUCCGUGUAUAUAAGUAAUCAUAUAUAUAUGCAUGCCCUUUGUAAUUCUUCUGCGCCAAUAUAUAUGCAUGCCCUUAGCAUCAA